ACAUUCUGCUUUACUCCAAGAACUCAUAUCCAGGUACUAUGGCUGCUUUGAUGACCGUCAAACAUAGCGACGUUGUUACAGAAAUUUAUUAGUUGGAGUAAGUACAAGAAACAGAGUGCCUGAAAGCUUUCAGGCAUCUCUUAAAGCUGUAUUAACCGGUAAACCAUCGAGUUGAAGUAGUGUCAUUGAAGAUUAGUCCUAUAUCAUACAUCAUUUUGAUGGGAUCACUUUCGUUACUUGAGGGAUGGAGGCCAUCGAACAUAGUGUGACUAAACUCAAAUCCAAUUUACGAUUGUUUUGAAUUAGCCGCUUCUGCAAAGCCUUACAAGCUGUCGAAGUGACGCACCAAUAGUUUUACAACAGUUCGACCUUCAAGAGCUCAGUAACCUCUCACAAUAGAUGAGAACACAGUGCCGUUGUCGUGUUGGGCUGUCGAAAUGCUGAAAGGUCUUGCAGAUGUCCCGACUUGGUCUUCGGUUGUUAAAGAAACGGGCAAUUCGGUGUCGAAUUUAGGAUCACGUAUUAGUUUGUGGCGUGGAGACAUAACACAUCUCCAAAUUGAUGCUAUUGCAAAUGCUGCGAAUUCCCAGUUGAGGGGUGGUGGAGGGGUAGAUGGUGCGAUACACAGAGCAGCUGGUUCACAAUUGUUAGAAGCUUGUCAAAAGCUUGGUGGCUGUCCAACUGGGGAUGCAAAACUUACUCCAGGUUUCAAUUUGCCUUCCAAAUACGUAAUUCAUUGUGUCGGACCUGUCGGACGGAAUGAUGCAGCUUUGGAAUCCACAUACCGAAAGGCAUUGGAGUUGUGCUCUGAGCACAAUAUCCAGUCUAUUGCAUUUCCUUGCAUAUCCACAGGGGUUUAUGGUUUCCCUAAUGAAGCAGCUGCCAAGGUGGCACUUCACACGGUGCUCUCCUAUCUCAAAUCUCAUCAAGAGGUUGGUUUUUUCAGUCAUUUGUAUUUAGUAAAAUGCAUUCUUUAACAUAUUUUUGUAAUAUCGUAUUACAUACUGGAGUAUUGUCUUUUCAUUACCGACGAUAACCAAAAGAGGUGAUUAGAAAUUGAAAGACUGGUAUAGUAUCUCUAAUGGCUUCAUUUAAACAAUACAUAGAAGGUCGGGUAUGUUGAUAAUGAGACCAAGGUACGUUUAAAAUAAUAGUAAAUAUAUUAUGAAAAUUCUAUGGACAAAGUUCUUGUGCAAACGAGGCCAACAGUAUUGGGUUAUUUAUCUGUGUAGCAUUUAAGUUACUGAUUUAAACCAGUAAUAGUGGGUAGUAAUGUUAUAGUUAGUAAUACGUCGAUAUAUUAGUGUUGUAUUUAUUAAUAAUUAAGUCGUUCAAAACAUGAGUAUCAUUUUAUCAGGAAUCAUGUCUUCAUAACUUGAUCGUUAUUAUACAUAUGUGACAAUUUAAAAGAGUUACAUUGAAUUUGUUCCCGAUAAAUACCGUGUGCCAACAUUCGUUUGUAGUUUCUUGUUUCUACAUUUUCAGUAUAGAAUUAGUUACUCCCAGACUAGAGGUUUUCAUCUUUUUAGAGAGGAGGUAAAUGUCUUAUUCCCUAUUCCUUUGUCUUUCCAUUCAUUUCAAGGCUAAUUCUAUUGUUUGUCAGUCUAACCUCAAAACCGCAUUAGGUUAUUGCUGUUUUCAUAUGGAGAUGAUACUACAGAUAACAAUUGUUUACUGUUUAUUAUAUACAUAAGAUACUGUACAUGAAUCGAUCUUAUUAAAUCUAACGAAAAGUGAAGUUCUGCAAAUACUUAUUAACUACUUGGAUUGUUUUGUAAUUGAAUCUGAUUGGUUAACAUGGUUGGUAGAUUGCAGCGAUUGUUUUAAAAGCUUUGCCGACAAAAAUAUUAAAGCAUUAAGUGAGAGUUAAUCAGAAUAGAAACUUAAAUCAUAGUACACAGAAAAUUAUUUACUUUACUGGUUCCCUGGAUAUCUAAAGUUUUAUUAAAUUACAUAAAUACAGUAUGAUUUGUUCAUCAUUCAGUUCUAAAAUGUUUUUGUUUAUUGAGCAAGAAAUCUUUAUAAUCAAUCAGUUAUUCAGUCUACUUUUUGUACCCAUCAUUUAUUAAGUUAACAGAAUUUUAUUCGAUCAUACGUGUCUAAGAUACUCGUAAUUGUGGAAGAGGUGUGAAUAUAAACAUCAGAUAAAUUUGGUUUGGAGUGUAAAUAUAUCAAAAAUAAAGCGAAAGUGCUUUAAAAUGAAACUUGGUUUUGUUUUAUAAUUUAUUUGUCAGAAUGAUUUUAUUAUUAUUAUUAUUCAUUAUUAUAUAAUUGUUUGGUUGUGUGUUGUACUUCCAUGUUCUAUUGCGUACUGUUUUUCUUUCUUUCAGAUUCAACGUGUUAUCUUUUGUAUAUUUAUGGAUGUUGACUAUAAAAUCUAUGAAAAUUUAAUCCCAGAGAUGUUGGAUUCUUACAAAUAACUGAGUCCGUGUUUUACGUUCCUGAAACAUUCAAUUUUUGACGGCUAUUCAAAUUUCUAUUUACAAUCAUAUUUGAAACAAAUAAAAAAGUGUUUUCGGCAUUUCAUGUUAUAUGGGGUUAUUUUGUUUUAUCAUUAGUUAACUAAGAGAGUAGUUUGCAUAAAUAUUUUUGUUUACAUGUGUUUUCUUUGUACGCUGGCCUUCAAAUAUUUUAUUUUCUCACAUCUUAACGUAUUCUAAAAAAAAACAUAUAGUUUACUCUCUGACCAAGUCCUAUUCCGAUCUUUACAUCGCUAUUUUCUCUGGUUUUCUACUGACUGCCUAAAUGUUGGAUAUUUGCAAUAACCGUACUAGUGUAUAGUCUUUAUAUAAUAGAAUAUCCACGUAUAUUAAAUCAAAAACACUAAUUAUCCAAUUAAGAAAUCCUAUUUUGUUUAAUGUUUAGUCAAUAAAUAUUGGCGAAUUCGUUGAA